GGCCUAAACUGUUUCUGUGUUUGGACUUUUCCUCUGAUGACGUCAGCAGGUGGGAUCCGGGUUUUCACUCACACACACACUUCCUGGAUGUUUGGACUUUUCUCCUCAACUUUUUUUUUUUUUUUUUUUUUCUGAAACUGAACUGAUGUAAAACUGUAAAACUUGAACCAAACCUGAGACCAAACCGAGCCUGGACCAGCGGAAGAUCAGAAGCACUGGACACGUGACACUCUUGACACUUUACAUUUGACACUUGACACUUUAAACGUGACACUUCGCGCUGUUCUCGGCUCCCGCACGCGCUCUGCUCCGGGGCUCUUAUUUUGAAGGCGCCGCGCGGACUUUUAUUGUGAAGCGCGUCUCCACAGAAGCUCCAGGACUCAGCGGGACCAGCCUCAGCUCCAACCCGGACUUUACGCACUUAGCUCGGGGCUGUCAGGCGCCGCUCCACCCGGGGACACAUCCAGCGGGGCGGGGGACACUUCCACGCGGACACGGGACCCACGGGAGCCGCUCCGGGACCGAGACCUGCGGCUUCGUCCGGGUUUGACCGAGACUCCGGCGGGGACCGAGGCGAAGCGGAACCACAAACAUGAACAAACCGCAGCGGGCGCCCGGGAGCCGAACCCUGAGCGCCGUGGAGGUCAAGAGCAAGUUUGGUGCAGAGUUCCGUCGGUUCUCUCUGGAUCGGUCUAAACCGGGUCGGUUUGAUGAGUUCUACGGUCUCCUGCAGCACGUGCACCGCGUCCCCAACGUGGAGCUGCUCGUGGGCUACGCCGACGUCCACGGCGACCUGCUGCCAAUCAACAACGACGACAACUACCAGCUCGCCAUCGCCACGGCGACGCCACUGCUCCGCCUCUUCCUGCAGCGCAAAGAGGACUCGGACUUCUCGGCGUUCGGUUCGGACCUUCUGAGCCGUAAGAAAAGCCCCGGUUUGUCCGCGGUUCUGCUUCGGCCGGAGUCUCGUCGGAAACCGGCGGUGACCAUCAGUCUGCCCAGAGACUUCCGUCCGGUGUCGUCCGUCAUCGACGUGGACGUUCUCCCCGAGAGUCUGCGCCGCGUCCGUCUCUUCAAACACGGCCUCCACAAACCUCUGGGCUUCUACAUCCGCGACGGCUCCAGCGUCCGGGUCACGGCCCAGGGCCUCCAGAAGCUCCCGGGCAUCUUCAUCUCCAGGAUGGUCCCCGGGGGCCUCGCCGAGAGCACGGGGCUGCUGGCCGUCAACGACGAGGUGCUGGAGGUCAACGGCAUCGAGGUGACGGGCAAGAGCCUCGACCAGGUGACGGACAUGAUGAUCGCCAACAGUCAUAAUUUGAUCAUCACGGUGAAACCGGCCAAUCAGAGGAACAACGUGGUGCGGAGUCGAGAGGCCGGGGCGGCGUCCGGCAGCUCGGGCCGCUCCUCCGACAGCGGCGCCAGUUUCUACGGUUACGCCGGGUACGGCGGCGGCGCGGUCGACUCCGGCCCCGCCCACAUCAUCCAGAACUUCCCCGCGGGCGAAAUGGAGAGCGACGAAGACGAGGACCUGGUGAUCGAGGCCGGAGCCGAAGAAGAACCCGACAUCCCCCGAUACGAACCGCACCUGCGCCUGCGCCGAGACCCCGUCACCUCCGCCACCUCCGACCCCGCCCUCUCCGCCACCUCCGACCCCGCCCUCUCCAACGGGUCCCUCGCCGCCAGCGCCAGCCUCGACAGUUUAACCGCGACGACGACGAACGGCUCCUCCCCCCGCAGAGCGCCAGAGAGGCGGAGCCUGGAGGAAGAGGGGACGGUGAUCACGCUCUGAGACGCCAAACACAUCGACCGGACCGACACCUGCCACCGACACCUGCCACCGACACCUGUGAGGAGCCGUGGCCCCGCCCACACCUGGAGCAGCAGUUUAUGUAAAUGACACAUCGAACUCAUUUCAACUCAAAAUUCUCCUCAACUUGACUAAAAUGAUUAUUUCAGAUGCAAUAAAUUAGAGACCGACCGAUAUAUCGCACUGAUAUUUGCACUUUUUGGCGAAUCUGCGAUCGUCCUUAAAUCUCGAGCGUUGAUAUUUGGUUUGGACCUGAACAAAAAGUUUUAUUUGAAGAAAACUCCCAAAACCGUGACCGCAGGACUCUGAAAAGUUUGUGCUAAAUUUAAAUGACAGAAUUUGGGGAAAAUAAUAGAAAUCGGUCCAGAAAUAUCGGUUCAGAAAUAUCGGCAGUUUAUCGGCGCUGGCUUCCUCUGGAUUUUAAACUCCAGACGUGAGUCGAUCUCAACGAUGAAACUGAAACAAUAACCACAAAAACAACAAACUGCUCAGGGUCAGGUGCAGGCGACAGGAGCGACAGGAGCGACAGGAGCGACAGGAGCGACAGGGGCGACAGGAGCGACAGGGGCGACAGGGGCGACAGGAGCGACAGGAGCGACAGGAGCGACAGGAGCGACAGGGGCGACAGGAGCGACAGGAGCGACAGGGCGACAGGAGCGACAGGGG